AGCCGAGCUCGUGCAUUACCGCUGCGUCAGCUCUUGCGGGGAAGACGAGACGAGACGAGACGCGCCGGGGUGACGUCGUACGGCCUUCCUCUCUCGGUUUCCCGACGCCUCUCUUGGCUCGCUCGCUCGCCCGCCGCCUCCUCCGCCACUUCCUCCGCGCGUGAAAGCCCGCCGCGUAUUCGCCUUCGCCUUCGCUCUCCGACGCCGGGCGCCGCCGCGCCGGCGGAUCGAGCGGGCGGUCGGUCGGUUAAUUGCGCAUCGCUGUUGCUUGCUUCUCCUACCGUUUGGCGCAGGGAGGAGGAGGAGGAGCGUGGGGAUAACAUCGCUGUCCCACUCCCACCCGGGCUCUCUGCCCCCCUCCUGUUCCCUUCUCGCUCACUGCGUGUGCUUAUCCGCGGCGGGCGAAUCCAAUCCCCCACUCUCCCCCGUCCUUCUCCAGAAAAGUCACGGCUUUCCCCCGCCCCCGCCCCCGCCCCGCUCUCAUGAUUCCCGCCGAUUCCUCCGCCCAUUUGCCCCUCCGGGUCGCAGAAUCCCCCGCGCCACUGCCGCUGCUGACCGUCGUGCGGUAGGGGGAGGGGUAGGAGCGAGGAGCCUAGCUCGGGGGUUGUGGUGACCGGCGGCGAGAUGUCGUCGUCGCGGUCCAACAACCGGCCGGCGUGCUCGCGGGGGAGCUCGGCGCGGUCCAAGCACAGCGAGCGGGUGGUGGCGCAGACGCCCGUGGACGCGCGGCUGCACGCCGAGUUCGAGGGCUCGCAGCGCCACUUCGACUACUCCUCCUCGGUCAGCGCGCUCAACCGCUCCGGGGCCAGCACCAGCUCCGCCGUCUCCGCCUACCUCCAGAACAUGCAGCGGGGCCGCUACAUCCAGCCCUUCGGCUGCCUGCUCGCCAUCCACUCGGAGUCCUUCGCGCUGCUCGCCUACAGCGAGAACGCCGCCGAGAUGCUCGACCUCACGCCGCACGCCGUGCCCACCAUCGACCAGCGCGACGCGCUCGCCGUCGGCGCCGACGUGCGCACGCUCUUCCGCUCCCAGAGCGCCGUCGCGCUGCACAAGGCCGCCGUCUUCGGGGAGGUCAACCUGCUCAACCCAAUCCUCGUCCACGCCAGGACCUCCGGAAAGCCCUUCUACGCCAUCCUGCACCGCAUCGACGUCGGCCUCGUCAUCGACCUCGAGCCGGUCAACCCCGCCGACGUGCCCGUCACCGCUGCCGGCGCGCUCAAGUCGUACAAGCUCGCCGCCAAGGCCAUCUCCAGGCUGCAGUCCCUGCCCAGUGGCAACCUCUCCCUGCUCUGCGAUGUGCUGGUCCGGGAGGUAAGCGAGCUCACUGGCUAUGACAGGGUGAUGGCAUACAAGUUCCACGAGGAUGAGCAUGGUGAGGUCAUUGCCGAGUGCAGGAGGUCGGAUUUGGAGCCGUAUCUUGGCCUGCACUACCCGGCAACUGACAUCCCGCAAGCAUCCAGGUUUCUGUUUAUGAAGAACAAAGUGCGGAUGAUAUGUGAUUGUGCUGCCAGUCCUGUGAAGCUCAUUCAGGAUGACAACCUGUCACAGCCUAUCAGCCUCUGUGGCUCGACCAUGAGGGCACCCCAUGGUUGCCAUGCCCAGUACAUGGCCAACAUGGGCUCCAUCGCGUCGCUGGUGAUGUCGAUCACUAUAAACGAGGACGACGAUGAGGAUGGAGACACUGGCAGUGACCAGCAGCCGAAAGGCAGGAAGCUGUGGGGGCUGGUGGUUUGCCAUCACACAAGCCCGAGGUUCGUCCCCUUCCCGCUCAGGUAUGCUUGCGAAUUCCUCUUGCAAGUGUUCGGCAUACAGCUCAACAAGGAGGUGGAACUUGCUUCUCAGGCAAAGGAGAGGCACAUCCUCCGCACGCAGACCCUUCUAUGUGAUAUGCUCCUCCGGGAUGCUCCUGUUGGGAUAUUUACCCAGUCCCCCAAUGUAAUGGAUCUGGUGAAGUGCGAUGGUGCAGCAUUGUGUUACCAAAACCAGAUUAUGGUGCUGGGAUCAACACCCUCUGAAGGAGAGAUAAAGAAGAUUGUCGCGUGGCUGCUGGAGUGCCAUGAUGGCUCUACUGGGCUAAGUACGGACAGCUUACUGGAAGCAGGCUAUCCUGGUGCGUCUGCGCUCGGUGAGGUUGUCUGUGGCAUGGCAGCUAUAAAGAUCUCUUCCAAAGGUUUUAUCUUCUGGUUCCGGUCGCACACGGCAAAGGAGAUCAAGUGGGGUGGAGCUAAGCAAGAACCAGGUGAUGCAGAUGACAAUGGCAGGAGGAUGCAUCCACGAUCUUCGUUCAGGGCCUUCUUGGAGGUAGUUAAAUGGAGGAGUGUUCCUUGGGAGGAUGUUGAAAUGGACGCAAUCCAUUCUCUCCAGCUAAUAUUGCGUGGCUCCCUGCAAGAUGAAGAUGCUACCGACAACAACGCAGGGUCAAUUGUUGAAGCUCCAUCUGAUGACAUCAAGAAGAUACAGGGGCUACUUGAAUUGAGAAUUGUGACAAAUGAAAUGGUGCGCCUAAUUGAGACAGCAACUGCUCCUAUAUUGGCUGUCGACAUUGUUGGUAACAUAAACGGAUGGAAUAAUAAAGUUGCAGAAAUUACUGGGUUACCCACCACGGAAGCCAUAGGGAUGCUUCUGGUAGAUCUCGUGGAGGGUGAUUCUGUUGAAGUGGUUAAGCAAAUGUUGAACUCAGCUCUGCAAGGAACCGAAGAGCAAAAUUUGGAAAUCAAGCUUAAAACAUUCCAUCAACAGGAAAGUAAGGGCCCUGUAGUCUUGAUGGUUAACGCCUGUUGUAGUCGUGACCUUUCAGAAAAAGUUGUUGGGGUUUGUUUGGUAGCACAAGAUUUGACGGGGCACAAGAUGAUAAUGGAUAAGUAUACCCGGAUACAAGGCGACUAUGUUGCAAUAGUAAAGAACCCCAAUGAGCUCAUACCCCCUAUAUUUAUGAUUAAUGAUCUUGGUUCUUGCUUAGAAUGGAAUGAAGCUAUGCAAAAGAUUACUGGUAUAAAGAGGGAAGAUGCAAUAGAUAAGUUGCUGAUCGGGGAGGUUUUCACUCUUCAUGAUUAUGGAUGCAGGGUAAAAGAUCAAGCUACUCUAACCAAACUUACCAUACUGAUGAACACGGUGAUCUCUGGUCAAGAACCCGAGAAGCUUGCUUUUGGUUUCUUCAACACAGAUGGCAAGUACAUGGAAUCACUGCUGACAGCAAACAAGAGGACAGAUGCUGAGGGUAAGAUCACCGGUGCUCUUUGCUUUUUGCAUGUGGCCAGCCCCGAGCUUCAGCAUGCUCUUCAGGUGCAGAAAAUGUCUGAACAAGCUGCUACACACAGCUUUAAGGAAUUGACAUAUAUUCGUCAAGAAUUAAAGAACCCACUCAAUGGCAUGCAAUUUACCCGUAAGUUGUUGGAACCAUCUGACUUGACAGAGGAGCAGAGGCAACUUUUUGCAUCAAAUGUUCUCUGUCAAGAACAGUUGAAAAAGAUUUUACAUGACAAUGAUCUAGAAGGCAUUGAACAGUGCUACAUGGAGAUGAACGCGGUGGAAUUCAACCUUGAAGAAGCUCUGAAUACGGUCCUAAUGCAAGGCAUGUCUCUGAGCAAAGAAAAACAAAUUUCUCUUGAUCGUGAUUGGCCUGUAGAAGUAUCAUCAAUGUACUUAUAUGGGGAUAACUUAAGGCUUCAGCAAGUCCUAGCAGACUACUUGGCAUGCACGCUUCAAUUUACUCGGCCAGCUGAAGGGCCUAUUGUACUCCAGGUCAUUCCCAAGAAGGAACACAUUGGUUCUGGCAUGCAGAUUGCUCAUCUAGAAUUCAGACUUGUCCACCCAGCACCGGGCGUCCCAGAGGCACUGAUACAGGAGAUGUUCCGGCACGGCCCAGGGGUAUCCCGAGAAGGCCUCGGCCUGCACAUAAGCCAGAAGCUGGUGAAGACGAUGAGCGGCACGGUACAGUACCUCCGAGAAGCGGAGAGCUCGUCGUUCAUCGUUCUGGUAGAGUUCCCGGUGGCGCAGCUCAAUAGCAAGAGGUCCAGGCCUUCGACGAGCAAGAGUAACUUCUGAAUCCCGGCGACGGUGCCCUCGAGAUGUGAACCAGGGCCAUUGAUUGGGUUGCUGGAAGAGCAAGCCCUUUGGGAGAGCUUAGCUGAUGUAUCAUAUGUGUAGCUGGGAACAUGGAUUGUUCCCAUGUUGAUGGUUGAGGAGGAGCUUAGCUAGCUUAGCUGCUGUUAGGUUUUUAGUGUAAUUUUAACACGGCAACUCUACGAGUGAUCGAUGAAUAAAAUUAAAAUAUGUGCUUGUGUUUUUUGAUCAA